CGGCGAGAUUAUCAUGCAUUAAUCAUGUCACUUUGAAUGUACAGUAAUGCGCGUGCAUGGAGUUUCCCUGAUCCGGGGUCCCGGGACUCGUUUCGAGCCAAAUUGCUGCCGGGCAACUCCUCCUGAGGACCUACUAGGAACGACUAUAUUCACCCUAUUGUUUGGGUCUGACUACGGGACACUAGGUUUGAUGGACCGCGGCCGGUGAAAUAUCUAAAUUCGAGCUAUCUUCAGUAUAUAACGAUGCGGCUGGAGAAGUUACUCAGGCACCUUCGUGCGCCCCUCAGGCCUAAUCAUGUCUUCUAUGACUUUCAACUCAAAUGUUGGCAUCCCGGUAGAUGAAGCUAAUUUAAUUUCAACAGUUCUGGAAGGCAUUUUAUACGGCUUUUCAGUCCUCAUGUUUAUGGGUACCAUAUGGACAUUCACCUACAAAUGUCGCAUCAAGGACAUCAAUCGACCUAUCGCUGCGGUCGCCACCUUGAUGUUCCUACUGAGUACUGUGCACUUGGUCGUAGGCAUCAUUCGUAUUGAUGACGGACUGGUGAAGUAUCGCGACACGUAUCCGGGCGGCCCAAUGGCGUUCUUCGCAAACUCUACCGAAGGGACGUUUACGGUCAAGGAUGCGAUACUCACAUUGCAAACUCUGCUUGGUGACGGGGUGGUGAUUUAUCGAUGUUACGUAGUUUGGCGAUCUGUCUGGGUUAUCGUCGUCCCAUGCAUAAUGUGGUGGGGUGUCGCAGCGUUUGGUAUCUGUAUGGUCUACAUCAUAUCGCAACAGCAGACUGACACUGCGACUGGAACUUGGAUUAUUAUGACAUUCAUUGUCCUGACAAUGGCGACUAAUUUGUUGGGUUCAGGGUUACUGGCAUAUCGCAUCUGGAUAACCGAACGCAAUGUCUCUACGGUUCUUAUUACGAAGCGAAAAAGACCUAUAUUGCGCGUGCUGGUGGAUCCCGCUAUUUUGUACUCUGUGGCGACCUGCUGUUCACUAAUCUCUUUCCUCUGUUCAAGCAAUGGAUUGUAUGUUAUGGCAGACCUGGUUGUCCAGAUCAUCCCCAUUACCUUCUACAUGGUAUUUAUCCGCAUCGCGACCAGUAAAAACAAUCAAGAUUACACCUCGACUAUCCGUGGCGGGACAACCGUGACAGAACGAAGAAACUCGCAACAAUAUCAUGUGCAGCCCUUACACACUAUAUACAAGCAGCCUGAUAAUGGUAUACUAUCCUUCUUGACUGAUAACCCCAAAAUAGCGACAUAUCCAGUAGCGUCGUUGUCCAGCUCAGCGUGCUAGACUUCUGUACAAUAGUCCCACUCGGCAUCAGGGAAAAGCUCCCAUGUAAAAUUAUUAACAUCACGCAGAACCACAGCCGACUUUAUUGAGUCAGUUCGUUAACUUAUUAUUGCAGAAACAUACAUAUUUACCAGUG